AUUAUUUCUUUUUAAAAUACUGUUUAAAAGCGAAUAUACAAUAUGUGUGCGCAAGUGUUAGUUUGUCUUCCAUAAGUUAAAUAACAGGAACCAAAUCCGCGCCAAAAUUUAUUACAAAUUCAACUGAAUUUGUUGAUCCAACGACACUUAGAAAAAGACACUCAAAGUGUCUGGUAGUUUAUUUCAUCUUGGCUCUAUCAAAAUUUGAUCAAACAAUUUUUUUUUUUUUUCUCUCAACACAAUUAUGGAGUUGACACUCCAACGGGGUGAUAAACUCAUUAAAAUAUUAUUAUUAUUUUCAAAUUUAUUUAUUUUAUGCAGUGCAACACAGAUUCAUGAUCAUAUGACUGAUGAAGAAAUUCUCAAAACAUUUCAAGUAACACGUGAUAAAGUUCCUGAACAUGAGGUUGUUUCUGUUGAUUAUCACAGUCGAAAUAAUGAUGAUACUCAUAGAAUUAAAAUUCGAUCAAUUACAAAAGAUAUUGAUUUAUAUCUUCGACCAAAUGAAGGACUUUUUAUCAGUGAAACAACACCAGUAUGGCUCGUUCAACCACACAGCUUAUAUUCUGAAAGAUUGUCUUACACAAAACUCGAAAAAAAUGUCUUGGGGAAUAUUGGAAAAUUAUAUCAUGACUAUGAAACAAAUUCAGCAGUUGUAAUGACGAAAAAAAAUGAUGGAAAAAUUCAAAUGACUGGAAGAAUAAAUGGUACAAUCGUUCUUCAACCGGCACCAUUGAGAUUAACUAAUGAAUUAAUUUACAAACACGAUAGAUGUAAUCAGAGUAAUUUAAAUAAUUCCGUGGAAAUUUAUCCACAUAUUAUCUAUCAACAUUUUGAUGAUAAUAAUAAUACUUCUGAGAAUACCAGUAAACGACGGAAUAAAAAUAGAAAAAUUAAAGAUGAAUUUACAAAUUUAUCUCCGUAUCCUGAUUUUAUUUAUCCAGAAUUAUUGGCUGUUUUGGAUUAUACACUUUAUGAAACCUUGGGAAAAAACAUUGACGAUUCGCUUCUUUAUCUCUUGUCAUUUUGGAACGCAGUUGAUUUGAGAUACAGAUCACUCACAGAUCCAAAUAUUCGUUUGCACAUCACAUGUAUUAUUAUCUCAACGAUGGAUGGUGGGAUACCAUAUUUAUAUAAAAAUAUAUUAGGUGAUAAUCUUGUUGAUGCUGAUUUAGCACUGAAGGACAUGAGCCAUUAUUUUUUUUAUGAUGGAAUUUAUUCAGGAAGAUUUCCCUUUGAUACAUAUGAUUUUGCUGUUGCAUUGACCAAACUUGAUAUGUGUAAUAUGGAUGGAGCUAACACCUGUGAUCCUGGAACACUUGGAUAUGCUUAUGAAUGGGGAGCUUGCAACAGAAGUUACAUUGACAGAAACACAGAGGCUGUUGGAAUUGUUGAGGACAAUGGUGGUUACAGUGGAUUAAUUCCAGCAACCCAUGAAGUUGCUCAUUUACUGGGUGUAAGCCACGACAAUGAUGAAAAUGCAGAAGACGAAACUUGCUCACCAACAGUUGGAUACAUUAUGAAUGAAUCAUACAGAUUUUUUGGUUUAAAUAAUUUCGACUGGUCCGAGUGUAGUGUUCGACAAUUUCAAACAUUUUUCAAAACUAAUGAUUCAAAGUGUCUUUUUGAAACGGCAAUGACUGGUCAAGGUGAUGAUUUACCAAGAAUAUUACCAGGUACAUUGCAAUCAUUGAAUGAUCAGUGUAAAAAAGUUUGUGGUGGUAAUGUUUUCAAGAUUGAUGCUAGUAUCUGUAUUGAGCUGAGAUGUUUAAAUUCAUAUGGAGCAGGAUGUCGUCCACUUGCUGCAGCUGCUGAAGGAUCUUACUGUGGUGAUGGAAAACGUUGCUUAAGUGGCUAUUGUUUAUCAGUAAAUGAAACAACAAUUCCAUCAAUAACUAAUAACGCAAAACAAAGCUACAACAAAUUCAAAGGCUAUUUCCACAUCUUGAGGAAUCACAGUGUUUAUCAAGUUUGAUGAAAACAAACAGGAACAAAAAAAGCAAGACAAACGUUUAUCUUUAAAAAUAGCAGAAAUUCGAAAAUGUCGUUAAUUUUUAAACAAAAAAAAUUCUUCGACAACUACUUAAUUAAUAAAUUAAAAUUUACA